AUGAGGAAGAGCACUGGAUCUACUACUCGGUCUUCCCUCACAUUCCUUCUACUCCUUCCUCUCUUUUCGUUCUUUUGCUUUCAACAGGCUUCAGCACAAACCAGCUAUGCGAACGAGUUUAUCGACCCGGACCUCAUUCUGGCAGGAGACUUUGCGAACAACACCGCAGCUGCGCAGCGAAUGAUCAGGAAUUGGGCGUCUAAAUGGGCCAGUGAAGGACCUUGGAGUGUAAUGCUCAAGGAUGCGACACCUCCUUCUGGCACAAAACACGAUUAUAUGAGCUGGGCUCCCUACUGGUGGCCCGAUUGUUCAGAUGUCGGGAAUACGACUGUGCUAUCAGAGGAAGAAGUCUGGACCACCUGCCCAUACCGUCGUCGAGACGGCGAAUUCAACCCGGACGUUCGCGGAGUGAACGACGUUGGCAAUUUCCAGGACAUGUCCGAUGCUGUUUUGUAUAAUGCCCUUGCAUGGUCUCUCGAAGAGGCCGGAAAGACACUAACGUGGUUCUUGAACCCAGAUACCCGGAUGAAUCCCAACCUCAAUUUUGCGCAAAUGAUUCGUGGAUCUAAUGGUCGGCCUGGUAGCGCGACUGGUGUACUAGAUCUCAAAGGAAUGGCCAAGAUUGCGUCUGCCAUUUUGAUCUUCAGGAAAGGAGGGAGCACCGAAUGGACCUCGGACGAUGAUGAACAAAUGGUUGAAUGGUCGAGAGAGUAUAUUGAAUGGCUUGAAACCGCCGAACUGGCCUUGGAUGAGGGUAACUCCCGAAACAACCAUGGUUCCUUCUAUUAUAACCAGCUGGCUGCAUUGAAGCUCAUUGUGGAUGACAUCCCUGGAGCCAUCAAUGUCUCGUCUACAUACUUUUCCAGACAAUUCCAGUCUCAAAUCGCUGCUGAUGGCGAGCAGACCAACGCUCGCAUUUGGAAGUAUGCAGAUCCUAGUUCAAAUGUUUGGGAGAUCACAUCAGCGGAAGGCGCGACAAUCAAAACUGCACUCGACUACGCGAUGACACACAGCGCCUCCUCAAGUGGAGAGUCGCAGUAUGCUGCAGAGCUAUACCCUAUUGUCGCGGCUGUUGCCUCGGUGUACGGCGAUCCCGAUGGCCAGUAUUUGAACUUCUUGCAGGAGAACGAUGAAGGGUUUUAUGCGGAACCUUACUUCUUGUGGAACAGCGGGGAAUGGACCUCUGAUGUCACGUCGACUGCUCGACCCGGAGGACCGAAGCCCACUUCCAGGAAGACCCAGGGUUCGCCUUCAGUUGAUGAAGACGCUGGAAGCGCUGAUGGGAGGGGUGUCCGACUUUGGGGUCUUGCAUUGAACGUCGCUGUCCUGGCGCACACUCUGCUUUCUGUCGUCAUCUAG